UCCUCGAUAUGCUCGAGACACUUCACUGAAGAUGAUUAUAUUCGUCGCUUCAGCUUCGUUGAUGAAGUAACAAACAAGCCAAUCAUGCCAAGGCUUAAACGCGAUGAAAUCGGCAUAACUGCUGUGCCAUCAGUCCAUGCCGAAGCGGUGACAAAAACACCAGUGGUCACUGAAAGUGCAAAGCGUCGUCUUGAACGGGCGACGCUCAAGAAUGCGAAGAGGAGGAUGCAGAGUUUGACCCCCACGGAAACUCCAAGUAAUCCCACGUGUACCAGCGAGAUUUUCACUCAAAGUGAAUCGUGUGAACACGACGAGGAAGAGCGAGAGAUGCAAAGUGAAGAUGCACCGGUCAGCUCGACACCGAGUGAAAACAAUUUAGAUACUUUUGCUGAACUGCAUGAUCCGAAUGAAGAGCAAUCAACAGUUCCACCCCCUGUAAUGUCAGAGUGCUCUGAUUGUGAGAGACUGGCCAAAAGAAACCGACAACUGAAGAAUCAGCUUAUAACAGCAAAAGUAAAACUGAGGAGCAGCAGGCUGGAAGUGAAGAAAUUGAAGAAAUAUUCUAAGGAAAACAGAGCAGGUAAUGUUUGUUAUGUUAUAACCUACAACUGUAACUAGUAUGCCAAUAAUUUGAACUUGUCUUUGUGGUAAAAUAACUAAAAUAAGUAUUAAAGUCAUUCUUUUCUGUAACAUUGUUAUUUACAUGUAGGUCAAGAAGUUGAUCCACCUGCCAACAUUGUUGAAGAAACCUGUGAUGAUGAAGAGGAUGAAAACAAAGGAAGUGAUAGUCAGCAUGAAACAA